AAGGCCGCCCCCGGAAGUCCCUCCUGCUUCAGAAGCCUGUUCCCGGAAGUGCUGGUGUUUGUAGCGGGCGUGAUGGCUUCAAGGUUACUUCGCGGAGCUGGAGCGCUGGCCGCGCAGGCCCUGAGGACCCGCGGUCCCAAUGCAGUCGUCGCGGUGCGCUCUAUGGCAUCUGGAGGUGGUGUUCCUACUGAUGAGGAGCAGUCUACUGGGCUGGAGAGGGAGGUCUUGAUGGCUGCCCGCAAGGGACUGGACCCAUACAAUAUGCUUGCCCCAAAGGCAACCUCAGGUACCAAGGAAGACCCUAAUUUAGUCCCCUCCAUCACCGACAAGCGAAUAGUGGGCUGUAUCUGUGAAGAAGACAAUAGUGCUGUCAUCUGGUUCUGGCUGCACAAAGGCGAGACCCAGCGAUGCCCCAGCUGUGGAGCUCAUUACAAGCUGGUGCCCCACCAGCUGGCUCACUGAGCCCCUUCACUCAUCACUCACUCAAGAUGUGCUGUCAAGUUUCUUCUUUCCAAUAAAGACUAGCCGUUACAUUGGCUUCUCCUCCCA